AUGCAGGUUGCCCCAUGCACGACCAUCCGCCUGAAGCGAGGUGGAAGUGAUGUCGUAUACAACUGGAAUGAGCGCGGUGGAAUGAACCAUUGGAACCAACGGUAUGCGCAGAUGGCAUCAUUUUCAUAUCAAUACGGAACAUAUGCGAUGCGAGCCUAUGUGCGCAACCCUUCCUUGUCCGAAGGCCAGCGCUCCAGGAGAUGCUAA